CUUACAACUAAGAAGUUCUUGAAUAAAGUUUUGGAAUACCAUGCUCACGAAAAUAGUUGUAUCCUGUUUGUUGGUGGCAUUUGCCAUAUCGUCAUGUCAAGCGGCCACAUUAGAUACAGCUUUAUAUGCCAAAUAUGUUUGCCGUCAGCAUCCUGAUGGCUUCAAAACCCUGGUACCUGGCAGCCCUUCUGAAUACAUUGAGUGUAAAGAUGGAAAGGGAGAAAUAAAGGAAUGUCGUCAUUUCUUUGAUGCCUUUAACAAAGUUUGUGUUAAUAACAAUCCUGUUUAUGUGGAUACACAGAAAGAAAGUGGGGAUGUAGCUAAACCACAAUGUACUACAACGAAAGCUCCAUGCACAACCACCAGAUGUACUACAACAAAAGCUCCAUGCAAAACCACAACAUGUACUACAACGAAAGCUCCAUGCACAACCACUACAUGUACUACAGCAAAAGCACCGUGCACUACAACAACUACGUGUACCACAACAACAUGCACCACAACUACUUGUACUACAACAACAUGCAGCACAACAACUUGUACCACAACAACUUGCACCACCACUACAUGCACUACAACUACGUGUACCACAACAACAUGCACCACAACUACUUGUACUACAACAACAUGCACCACAACAACAUUCACCACAACAACUUGCACCACAACAACUUGCACCACCACUACAUGUACUACAACCACUUGUACUACAACAACUUGUACCACAACUACUUGUACCACAACAACUUGCACCACAACAACUUGCACCACAACGCCUUGUACCACAACUACAUGUACCACAACUACUUGCACAACAACUACUUGCACUACAACCACUUGUACUACAACAACUUGUACAACAACAACUUGCACCACAACUACUUGUACCACAACAACUUGCACCACCACUACAUGUACUACAACCACUUGUACUACAACAACUUGUACCACAACUACUUGCACCACAACAACUUGUACCACAACAACUUGCACAACAACAACUUGCACCACAACUACUUGUACAACAACUACAUGCUCUACAACAAAGGCUCCCUGUACAACUACUACUUGUACAACAACUACAUGCACUACAACAAAGGCUCCCUGUACAACUACCACUUGCACUACAACAAAGGCUCCCUGUACAACUACCAAAUGCGCUACAACAAAGGCUCCCUGUACCACAACUACUUGCGCGCCAAAGAAAGCUCCUCCUAAAAAACCCUGUGCCGACAAACCUAGUGCUGAUGCACCCAGCAGCGAUAGCGGAUUGAAGGAUCCCUCUAAAUAUGUUUUGCCCUCAAAAAUGACCAAAGAAGAAAUUGAGGACUAUAUUAACUAUGGAUGCAUAGCUAAACCAGAAGGUUUCUUAUUACCAUCUUUAACGAAAUGCAAUGACUAUUACAUUUGUCGCAAUAAUAUCGCCUUGCCGGUAUCCUGCGGCAAGAAAUAUUUCAAUGUCAAGAAGGGCUAUUGUGAUUUACCCAGUAAUACUGGCUGCAUUCAAGCUCGUUUAGUUUGAAAACAAUUAUCACUUAAAUAAAUGUUGAAAAAAUUAAUUGAGAUGAGAAUGAUGUAUUAUACGAGUUAAAAAAUUAAUAAA